AUGUCUGUUUCCGACCACGAUCUCAUUCGGAAUGCCAUCGCUCACUGGCCCAUCGCCGUCGAUCGAGCUGACACCAACCUGUUGGUUGAAGCGUUCAUGCCGGACGCGGUGAUUCAUUAUCCAGCGCCGGUGGGGACACUCCAUGGAAUUGGAGGCCUGGAAGCGCUGCUGAAAACGCGACUCCAUGGCGUCACAACGUACCACUGCCUGGGAACCCAGGUCAUCCAGCUGCAAAGUCCUAUCACGGCAACAGCCCGAACCUACUGCAUCGGCAUCCACUUCUACCCCGGAGAGCCGAGGCGAGAACUGAGAAGGAUCUACGGAUUCUUCGACGAUAGUCUAGUCAAGCGGUCGGAUGGAUGGCGGAUUGCGGAGCGAAAAGUCAUUCACACCUACGAACAGAUGCCAUCUAAUGGAGGAGAGAGAUUGCCAGAGGUGCAGCACGCAAUGAGGGAAUAG